GACGCCUUCGGGUGGGUCUGGGUGAGGGGCCUGACGGCAGAGUCGGUCCAGAACUGCCCGGACAGCGACGCACAGCGAUGGUGAGACCCCAGCCAAGUCCUGGUCCACUCCCCUAAAAUCCCAGCAGCCAGACCCGGAAGUCCAGCGGACUCGGGAAACACCGCGUCCCAGCCCCGGAGGCGGGCCCGCCAAGUUCUAGAAAAGCUUUGGGGAUCUACCGAGAGGGCAGUCGGCGGGACCGGGCACUCCCCUUCCUUCUCCCUCCCACGGUCCCCAGAAAUUUUCCCAUCCCUCCACCUCCCCAAGCCCUAAGUCCUCUCGGGCUCUGCCCUUCAGGGCAGCGGGGGUUGGGGAUGUCCAGCUCCUGAGCCCUCUUGCACCUGCACAGAGGCAAGACAAGGGAUUCAGCUCUGUCCCUUAUCUGAGGUGGGAGGGGGAAGGGAAUUAUGGAGGGAAUCCAGCUGGCCUGUUAGUAAGGGUGUCCCAGUGCUAGGUGGAGGUGGAGUUUGGCUGCCUUUGGGGAGAUGGAAGGGUGAGGAGUAGAGGCCUGAUUUCUGAGCGUUGUUUCUGUGUUGGACAAUUCCAUGCAAACUAGAGCUAAAAUGGAAGAGGGUGCAAGUCCUCUCCUGGGGCCCCAGAUGCUCCCUCCUUUCUUGCUGCCUGGAGCAGGGGCAGUGCUGUUAGUGGCUACUCCGGGUGUGAACAGCCCAUCCUGGCCACCUUCCACAGGAAACCUGACCUGAGGGACAGAAGAGGAAGGAAGCAGGUGGGUGUGAAGCCAGGAAGGAGGGAAGGGUGGCACAGGACAUUUGAAGUGGGAGUGGAGGGGCUGUGGAGGGUUCAGUGCUGGGAAGCAAUAUUAACUGUUACAGUCCAAACCCUCACCUCAACCCCAAUACAAAUCCCUGGCCCGGUCUUACAGAGGCCAGGGAUUUGAUGAUGACCCUCCUGUGCCCAGCUACUUUGAGAAUCCAUCCCAGCUCUCAGAAGCCAGAUCCCCCUAAGGCUUCCCUUAGCCUCUGGUAUGAUCUUGGGCAAGUUAAUUGUUUCAACUGUCAAGUAGAAUAAAAGAAAUUACCUCAUAAGAUUAUUGUGAGGAUGGACUGUAUUAUAUAAUAUUCUAGAAGAGUCCUUGGCACAGAGUAAAUAUUAUUAAAAAGUUUGCUCUGGUUAUUUUCUCCAGGGUUUGUAUCUGCCCAGAGCUCUGAUCCCAUUCUACCUGGUUUCAUCUUUGUCUUACCCACUAUGAGCUCCUUGAGGGCAGGGCUCAUCUCUUCUCUACAUUAAUAGUCAGUUUUGUUCGUUUGUUUGUUUGUUUGUUUGUUUUUGAGAUGGAGUCUUACUCUGUCGCCCAGGCUGGAGUGCACUGCACUGCAACCUCUGCCUCCCAGCCUUUGCCACUAAUGUCAGUGCAGAACUCUGGCUGGCCCCACCAAGAGGACAGCCCCAAGCCCCAGGAUCCAAGUCCGCCAGCCAACUCAGACAGUGACUCAGGCCACCUGCCGGCGGAGGACCCUGAGGACACCUCUGCUCAGGGUCCUUCAGUUCUGAGCUUGGGUUCCCUUUGCCUGGACACCAACCAAGCCCCCAACUGGACUGGGCUUCGGACCCUCCUGCAGCAACUCCCUCCGCAGGACAUUGAUGAGCACUACUGCCUGGCCCUCGGGGAGGAGGAGCGGGCUGAGCUGCAGCUCUUCUGUGCCAGGCGGAAGCAGGAGGCCCUGGGACGGGGGGUAGCUCGCCUGGUACUUCCCAAGCUUGAAGGACACACCUGUGAGAAGUGUAGGGAGCUGCUGAAGCCAGGAGAGUACGGAGUGUUUGCAGCCCGGGCAGGGGAACAGCGUUGCUGGCACCAGACUUGCUUUGCCUGCCAGGCCUGUGGCCAGGCCCUGAUAAACCUCAUCUACUUCUACCAUGAUGGACAACUUUACUGCGGCCGCCAUCAUGCAGAGUUGCUGCGCCCGCGCUGCCCAGCUUGUGACCAGCUGAUCUUCUCCCAGCGCUGCACUGAGGCAGAGGGACAGUGCUGGCAUGAGAACCACUUCUGUUGCCAGGACUGCGCCGGGCCUCUGGGCGGGGGACGUUAUGCCCUGCCUGGGGGAAGCCCCUGCUGCCCCAGCUGCUUCGAGAACCGCUACUCGGAUGCAGGCUGGAACUGGGCCGGGACACUGGAAGGGCAGGCAUUCCUUGGGGAGACUGGACCCGACCGAACUGGAGGAAGGGACCAAACCUCGGUGAACUCUGCGACCCUCUCCCGAACACUCGUUCUCGCUGCUGCCGGCGGUUCCAGCCUGCAAACUCAGACGGGGCUGCCUGGAUCCAGUCCCCAGCAGGAGAACCGACCUGGGGAAAAAGUGGAGGCACCCAAAGGGCAGGAGCAGUGCCGCUUGGAGACUCUUCGUGAUCCCAAGGACACCCCUUUCUCCACCUGUUCCUCCUCCUCUGACUCGGAACCUGAAGGCUUUUUCUUAGGCGAGCGCCUUCCCCUGUCCUGGAAAAUCCCCGGAAGCCUCCAAGCAGAGGACAGCAACGCCUCUAAGAAGCACUGCACCAUGUGCUAGUGGCGCAGCUCAGAGAGGGGGUGUGAGUGGGAGGAAAGGGGUCUGUAAAGCGGGAGAACAAGGAUAGCCUCCCCUAACAAUCCUAGACUGAGACGCAGUCAGGCGCACGCCCGCGAGAGGCGGCGAGGUGACAAGUUUGGAGUGCGCCCCCUUCAGCACAGCGCGUUAGGACUUUUGGUGGAGACUUUCUUGGCAAAACCCAUUCCCCAAAGCUACGCUUCCCCUGCUGAGAUAGCCCCUACCCCCACCUCCACAGGCUGGGACAGCCCCGUCCCCACCAUCCUCCUCCCGAGCCAAUUAAAUGAUCACAGCACGCGUGACGGUUACCGGCUGGAGAGCCGGAGGUGGGACCGGGAGCAGGGGACCGUAGAGCCGGGCCGCGCUCCUCCCCUCCUAGAGUUCGUGGACGCGCAGCAGGGGGCCGUCCCUCUUCCGGAUGUCGGACUAAGUGAACAGCGCUCCCCUGCCGGCUGGUAGCAGCCGGAAGUGGCAAACCGGAGGUGCGUCAUUCACCCGCGACGCCGAUACGGUUCCUCCACCGCGGCCCAUGCGAAGGUUCCUACUAUGGCUUCCAGCGGGGUCCCGGUGAGCGCUGCUGGCUCGGCUAAUGAAACUCCCGAAAUACCAGACAACGUGGGAGAUUGGCUUCGGGGCGUCUACCGCUUUGCCACAGAUAGGAAUGACUUCCGGAGGAACUUGAUAUUAAAUUUGGGACUCUUUGCUGCGGGAGUUUGGCUGGCCAGGAACUUGAGUGACAUUGACCUCAUGGCACCUCAGCCAGGGGUGUAGCCAAGUAGACAAAUGGAAUCCUGUGCUGAACCCGAAUCUUCCAAAAAACAGCCUACAAUCUGUGACCACCACAAGAUGUGCCCUGAUGGCAGCUGAAGUUUGAUUCAGAUGGGCACUUUCUUCCCUCUCCCUGCCUAGUUUCCUUUUGUUCCUUGAGUCCAUGCAGAAUUCCAUUCUCUGGUCAGCAGACAGGCUUAAGCUAAAGUAUGGCCUCUGUUCUAUAAAGUUCUGUACAUAGUUCCCAAGCUUCUGCAGGGGGUGAUCUUUGCUCUUGUCCUGAGAAAUAACAGUGCUGUUUUAACAAACAUUUGAAAUAAAUACCACACACAAA